UGCAAUCCUUAUCCCCGUCUCGGAUAAUCAUUUGGUGUUAGGGUAUUACAGCAGAGACUGUAUAACCUAGGUCAGGGUUCUCUGUAAGGAUUGCUGCUGAUAGGUUAUGGAACGUAUAUAUAUUCCAGGUCAGGGGCAUCUGGACAGUCUAUCAGCUGUUGGUACUUGUGCCCUAAUCUUUGUUCAGUGACCCCUGAUGUAUGAAUUCACAUGUCAAUCAGUGUAUGGUGACAUACUGUUGGUAAUAUACUGCUUGUGAAUGCUGGAGUGUCCUGAAAUACACCAGUGUGGUUAAUUAAGUGCCUGCUGUAUGUUACUGCAGUGGACCUGACAUUCUAUUGGUGGCUGUUAGGCACUAUAGACGUCACACGUGUUGUACAUUUCACUAUUGACAAGCGGAGCGUAAGCAGCAUGGAGUGUGAUAGUAUGUUGAAUGAGAAAUUUAAACCCCAAAAGCAUGGAAAGGAUGCAGAGGUCAAGAUGGGUCUGUGGAGCCAGAUGAAAACAUGGUUCAUCCUUCAUCUGAUCAUUGGCUACAUCUUCGUGGUUAGCGGUCUUAUUGUCACCUUCCUCAUGCUGUGUUCAUGUGUCAUUUGGCCGUUCAACAAGCUUCUGUACCGCAAGGUCAACGUCCAUUUAGCAUACUCCCACUGGUGUCAUUUCACAUUUCUGGCACAGUGGUGGUCAGGUUCGGACUGUCUGCUACACGUCAGCGAUGAAGAUCGCAAGAUGAUCGGCAAGGAACACGUCCUCGUUAUCAUGAACCACAAAUACGACAUUGACUGGCUCAUGGCCUGGAUAUUAGCAGAGCGCUUCGGCAUGUUGGGGGGCACCAAGAUCUACGGCAAGGAGAUGCUGAAGUAUGUGCCGCUGAUUGGCUGGGCGUGGUACUUCACAGAGAGCAUCUUCCUCAAGAGGAAGUGGGAGUCGGACAGGAAGACAUUAGUGGAAGACCUAGCGCGUAUUACCGACUACCCAGAUGACUACUGGGUUACACUGCUGCUGUUUCCGGAAGGGACACGGUUCACGGAGACUAAGCAUCAAGCCAGUCUGGAAGUGUCCCGGGCCAAGGGCUACAAGGACAUGAAGCAUCACCUGCUGCCCCGGCCCAAGGGCUUCAUCCUCUCCAUCAAUGGCUUGAGGGGCAAAAUACCUACAGUUCUGGAUUUAACAAUCGGAUUUGACCAGACGGGACCAGAGCCGACAUUGAUGAAUAUUAUUCAAGGAAAACCGCUGUUGUCUCGACUGAGAGUCAGGAGGAUUAAUCUAGAGAGUGUCCCAGUGGAUACAGAUGCUCAUUGCGCAGAGUGGUUGAGAAAUCUUUUUCAUGAAAAGGAUGAGAUUUACGACCAUUUUGUUCAGACAAAUACAUUAAAGGGUAAAGGCUAUCAUGAACCACGACGCUACCGGGAUCUGAUAUUCUUUCUGAUGUGGGCGGUGAUCACCUGUGUCCCUCUGUUCUACUACCUGGGAGGGAUCUUCCUGUCUGGGUCCCUCACACAGCAGCUCAUCUGUGUAGUUGUCGUCGCAAUAGCAUCAGUGGGCGUCCGUAUGAUGAUUGGCGUUACUGAGAUUAACAGGGGUUCAACAUAUGGGAAGAAGGAGAACUAGGAGGUUCACCACAUAGGGAGAGUCAUAGCCCUCAACUGACCAUCGUUUUCUACAAUUGCAAUCACCAAAGUUUGUGGCAUGUCAUUGUAUAUUUUUGAGACAGUAUUUAUAAACAUGAAUUUCCAGUUCUGAAAUGUGUAAUUUUGUAUAAGUGUGAAAAUCAGUUUUUGACCAACCUUGCCAUUAAGAAAAUGCCCGUUGAUGAACAUGAUGAAUGUUGGGCGUAUCUCAACUGAGUUUUUUGUUGAAUGUGUAAUGAAUGCUGCUGCACGAGAAACUCAGUAUCUUACGUUUUGUUACUUUGAUGCAAAGUAUGUAAUAAUAGGGUGAAGUAUAUCUUAUAAGUAUUUCAAGCAUUGUUAUUUUAAGGUUCACCUUUGAAGACUGAAAAUGAACUCUCUUUUUUAAUCAGGAAAAAUAUACAGUGUUAGCAAGAUUUUAUUUCUUUCUGUUUUUUACCUGUCCACAUUUUAAGGGAUAAUAAUUUGAAUUCAUUAGUCCUGACUAAUUUAAGUUGUUAUUUUAAGGAUUUUCUUGGUCAGUAUGCCCAGUGUUGAUUUGGUGUUAAUUUAAAAAAAACAUCUGAAUAUAUUUUGACACAUACAAAAAGUUAAAAAUAAAAGUUAAAACUGGUUACUAUUUGCUACUUUCGCAUGCAUAUAAUAAGGAAUUAAAAUAGUCUUGGUAUUCAAUAUCACACGUGUUUCCUGUUACAUUUGAAUAUGUUCCCCAAACUCCAAGGAUGCCAACAAUUAUGAUUAAGGCAGAAGUAUUGCAAUACUUUGAACAAAAUAAUGUAAUAUAUAUUAUGAAUUUUACGGGGGAAAAAUUCACUGUUUAUUUUAGCAAGAUAUUGACCUUGCUGCUACAUAUCAGCAUUGUCACAUUAUAAAGAAUAUUUUUAUUAUCAAAACCAUAGUCAUGCUAAUAAUAAUUACUAAUUGAAAAUGACUUAAUUGAGAUGACAGUUGACUAAGAAGUUACUAAAGUGCAUCAACCAGUGUCACGCUGACUUUUAAAACUGCCAAACUCUGAAAAUAACCAGUCAGCCCUAUUUUUUGUCAGUCCCAACUUUCAACAAACGAAAACACACAUGUAAAUUACCUGGUUUUAGUUCUUUCAACAUCAUGUUCAGUGCAAAGACUUCAUCUCUGAAGUAACUUAUUCAGAUCUACUAAAAGUUCAGUCACAAUGUGCUCUCUUUUCCUAAAUUUCGAGUUGAGGCUGCUACAAAUGUAUAUUUGACCUCAAAGCAAAGCAAAAUGUUAUUUUCUUGCACUAAAAAUAGACACGGCAAAACCCUGAUGGUAGCAGACAUUUGACUUCUUUAAAAAAAUACUUUUAGGUACCGAACAUUAUUUGCCGGUCCAAGCCUAAAUUUACCCGUAAAUAACAGGUAAAUACCAGUAAAUGAGAACAUUGAUCAACUUGGUGUUGGCAUCUCUGAAAGUCAAGGGAAAGUCAAUAUCAUCAGACAGUUUAAAACACAAAUAGAAUGCUCACAUUUUUUGUGUGUAAGGUUAUUUCUUAUGUUUGUAAAACCUGUGUAUAUGGCCCGGUGCUUGAUCUAUGCAUAGUCCCCUAGAAUAAAGACCAAGAACACUUAGCAUAGCAUAUACUCACCGCUAAAAGAAACGCGAACCAUAGGAACAUUUUGAGAAGUAUGUACGUGAAGAAGAGAUGUUUCGAAUGUGUAGUACUUAAUCACAAAACUAACAGUCAAGUGUUACCACAGACUGUUUUUGUUCUUAUAAUGAUAUGCUGUACGUGAUUUCCAAACUUAAAACACUAAUCCUGCACAUGACAAAAUGGUGCAUCUCGAGUCAUGGAUCUAUGACAUCACAUGUGAUGCGUUCAUGAGCAUCGGUUCACACAACAUAACAGUAUGUUUAUUUGUGCUUUGAACCAAUCUAAUAUCUCUUGAAUAUAAGUAAUUCUUCAUAUAUUAACCAUGUAUGGUAUUCGCUUUUCUUUUGUCGGUGAGUAUAUUUCAACUAGUGACAUGUCGUGCUUUGUCAUUUUUAUGCACAAAGCUUAAAAGUAGCUGUUAUAUGUACCAUAUUUAUGAAUGAAUAUAUGAUAUCUCAUAUUUGAGACAACCUCUGAAAAUGCUAAUUAGGUAGCAUCAUUUUCAGACGGUGUGGAUUCAAUCUCAUUAAAAUCAGAUCUUAGUUCUCGCUACCGCUGAACAAAGAUUUGAGGACAUCCCAUUACAGGUCACGUCAUACCGACUUUGCGCGAACUUU